GGCAUACCUUGUAACAUGGUGGUGGCUUCCCGUCGACGGAGCUUGUGCAGUGCAAGCUCGUUUCAACAGACGCUUCUUAUCCUCUUGGGCGCUGUGUUGCUGGCAUUUAUCACAGCAUUGAUUGGACUUUACCUUGCCAUCAGUGAAUCCGACGACCCCAGCCACGAACGUGCGGCAGUGCAACGUUUGCGCCGGGCGCAUUCCGCCACACUGCAUGCGAUGGAACGUGCUGGUAGGCGCGGGAAGUUGCUUGGAGCGGCCCUACGAAGCCACUGGUGUCGUUGGGAAUCUGACUGCCAGGGCAGUGAAAUCUGCUGUCCACAGUACAAAGCCACCGUUAUCCAGUUCCGAACGUGUUUUUCAGUCAAGCUCCAAAGCCCAAGCUGUGGAUGCGGCUCAAGUCGCUCCAUCACCAUCCCCGUCGAAACUGGAAGCGCUGGGUGGUGGCAGAGCUGGAAUUGUCAUCGUGGCGCAUGAUCGAACUGACACCCUUGCAAGGUGUUUGGAUUCACUUCUGCAGCAACCAGAUUUGAGCCUUUUUCGUUUGGCCGUCUCGUUGGACCAUGCUCCUUCCUUCGACAAGAUGGAGGCUGUUGUGCGCACUUCUUCCAGCAGGUAUCAGGUCAAUGUUUGGAAAAAACCAGACGAUCCAAAGCAGAAGGUACCUGUGGCAAAGAUAGCUGCGCAUUUCCGCUUCGCGCUUUCGCAAAGUUUCGAAGUUGCGAAGUUUGAGUUUGCCAUUUUCAUAGAAAAUGACUUAGUUUUAGCUCCCGACUUCCUGUGGUACUUCCGCAUCACUGCUCCUUUGCUGGAACACGACCCAUCCAUUUGGUGUGUGUCCUCCUGGAAUGACAACGGCUUCUCGGAGAUAGCCUCCGAUGAACGGAAGCUGUUCCGAACGGACUACUUCCCUGGCUUGGGUUGGAUGAUACGCAACGACACCUGGUCGAUGCUGGCACCGCUUUGGUCCAGCUUUCCCAGCACCGGCUGGGACCAUUGGAUCCGCCAUGGGGUGCCCCAGUUGCGGUACCGCGACUGUGUGGCACCUGAGGUGCCACGCAGCAAACACGUGGACACCAAGGGUACCAACGUGAAGGCUGGCAGCGGCAUCUAUAAGUUGCUGGAAAAGAUGGCAUUCAGUAAAUUGCCCAAUGGUGAGCUGCACGAUGUCUCAUACCUUCUGAGGGACAGAUAUGAGCCUUACAUGCAGAAGGUGCUGCAGGAUGCUCAAAUGGCUCCAAAUCUGGAGAGUCUCAGAGACUUCGUUGGCCAAUCAGAUUCGAAUUUGGCCCAACCUGUUGCAAACCCCAAAGAAAUUAAAGGGCUCCGCCCCCUGCCGCCGACCCCUGGGCAUAUCUUCUGUGGCGCGUGA